AUGGCACCCCAUGAACGCCAUCCGCAAUUCAAUAUCCCGACAGCAGAGACCGAGACCUCACCCGAGGCCCAAGAGGAAACUGGAGAAUGGGAGAGAGCAUCUACCGUGAAGCCAGAUGACGAUGCUCAGCAACAAACCGAGCACGUUGGCAGCACAUUAGCUGAACAGAAGGCCGAAAAGGAGGCCGAAGACGAACCCGAACCCGAAACUUUUGACAAGAUCGAAAUCACCGAAGAGGACUGCUAUAGCGAGCUGGGCUAUGCCUUCCCCGAAUGGAAGAAAUGGACAAUCCUCACCGUUAUCUUCCUGGUCCAACUGUCCAUGAACUUCAACACUAGCCUUUACUCCAACGGCCUGAAAGGUAUUUCGCAAGAAUUCCAUGUCAGUGAACAAGCUGCACGAUGUGGUGCCAUGAUAUUCCUGGUGCUGUAUGCCUUCGGCUGUGAGUUGUGGGCUCCGUGGAGCGAGGAACUUGGCCGAUGGCCUAUUCUUCAGCUCUCGUUGACGCUGGUCAAUAUUUGGCAGCUCCCCGUCGCCCUGGCCCCUAACUUCGCCUCCGUCAUGGUUGGAAGAGCUCUGGGUGGUCUCAGUUCUGCUGGAGGUUCGGUAACCCUGGGAAUGAUUGCCGACAUGUGGGAUUCCGAUAACCAGCAAUACGCCGUUGCUUAUGUGGUCUUCUCCUCUGUCUUUGGCUCCGUCCUCGGUCCCAUCGUCGGUGGGUUCGUUGAACAAUAUGUCAGCAGUUGGAGGUGGACGAUUUGGAUCCAGCUCAUCUUCGGCGGCUUUGUCCAGGCCUGUCAUUUCUUCCUGGUCCCGGAAACACGUUCGACCAUCAUGAUGGAUCGAAUUGCAAAGAGAAGGCGCAAGGCCACGGGUGAGAACAUCUGGGGCCCGAACGAACUCGAACCGUUCAGAGACCGUUUCUCCGUUAAGGAAAUUCUCAUCACCUGGAUCCGGCCGUUCAAAAUGUUCCUUACAGAGCCCAUUGUUCUCACACUAUCGCUCCUCAGUGGGUUCAGCGACGCACUCAUCUUCAUGUUCAUCCAGUCUUUCUCCCUGGUAUACGCGCAAUGGAACUUUGCGGUCUUUGCAGUUGGCCUGGCCUUUCUGCCCCUGGGAAUUGGAUACAUUAUUGCCUGGAUCUCCUUCAUUCCAGCCAUCAAGCGCAACAUUCACGAGAGACAGUCCAAGCCCGGCAACGAGAAAGCUCAAUAUGAAUCUCGGCUUUGGUGGCUGCUGUGGACGGCUCCUUGCCUGCCAAUUGGCUUGUUUGGGUUUGCCUGGACAAUUCAAGGACCUCCAAUCCACUGGAUCGGCUCUAUGAUCUUUGCUGCGCUUGUGGGUCUAGCAAACUAUGCCAUCUACAUGGCUACUAUUGACUAUAUGAUCUGCGCCUACGGUCCCUACUCUGCGUCUGCCACUGGCGGUAACGGAUGGUCGAGAGAUUUCCUUGCUGGUGUGCUUACUAUUCCUGCUACACCGUUCUUUACAAAUAUUGGAGGUCGCCGUCAUCUUAACUAUGCUUGCACCAUUCUUGCCUGUAUUGCCACCCUCCUCGUCCUCGCCGUCUACGUCAUCUACUAUUAUGGUCCUACCCUUCGGAAGAGAUCACCCUUCGCGCAGUCCCUUGCAGAUGCGCGUGCCGAUAAUGAAGGGCGUCGCCUCUCGUACUUGCCUUCUGCUUCAGGAACCUCGGAGUCUAGAAGGCUCUCGAGGACGAAUACAGGCGCAUCAAGAGAUCUAAACUCAAGGAGGACAAGCCAGGCCGAGUUUGUCAGAAGACAGAGUAUGCCACGGAUGGGAAGCGGAAUGGUAAGAUAA